GAAAAAGACAGGCAUGUCUUGUCAGUCGCGCUGAGAAGACGGCAAUCUAAAUUCAAAUGCUCAAAAUGAACCUCUUAUUUGUGUAACAUCCAAAUGACCACUUCAAACCGUUCCUAAUGGCCUAGGAUGCGAUUCAUCUUCUCAACACAAGCUCUUCGGCGGUGACGUCACGACAGGAUGGGGCGGGGCAGAGCGGGCUAUGGCGCCGGGAGAUUCGAUCCCUGACCGCGGGGUCCUCAGUGCAUUUCCUCUGCUGCAAAGUAACCCCGCUAACCCCUUUAACGGUUCACCCGAGUACCCGUUUGAUUCGUGUCUUUGCCGUGGGGCCAUGUUGUUACCCUGCAGGGUCCUCUGGAGCGGGAUCGGUAGCCGUUAACCCGUCACUUUCAUACAGAUGGAGGCCAUGGAGGUGGACUCCCCAGGGGAGGUGCAGGCAGCAGGAGCCCCAAGGCAGCGGGCAGUUAAUGCGGCAACGAAUGCCGACGCGCCGCACGUCAUCUCGGACUCCGGCAGCAGCAGCACCGAGGUGGAUGAUGACGAUGACGAGGAAGGGGGGCGGACGCCAGCGCGUGCGCCCCCCCGGCUUCCUGCCACCUGGGCCUUCAGUCAGCGAGCGGUGAGCAGCUCGGCGGCAGCACCGUCGGCAGCGCAGCGCAUACGGAGGAGACUCAGGCAGGGCCUCAGGGUGCACUACCCCAGCCAGACCGCGGCGUCCUCCAGGGGCUUCCCGGACUUCCUGCUGCGGGUGCCGGCUGCAGGUGGGGCAGAGCCGGAGUCCGGCAGCACCACCGAGAUCAGCGAGUCCGAAGAGGAGGGUGGGCCUGAGGAAGGCCCACCCGCUGCUCCGGGAACCAUCGACCCGGCGCCUGUCCAACCAACGCAGCCACCGGAGGUCGCCCCGACUGACUCCAGGUCAGCUGCAGAUGGCGACGGGACCGAAGCUCCAAACCAGAACGUCCAGCCGGUUCCCUCCGCUACGAGUCAGACUUCGGAGGAAGGCGACGUCUGCUCCAUCUGCUUCGAGGCGUGGACCACGGCGGGCGAGCACCGGCCGUCCGCCCUGCGCUGCGGUCACCUCUUCGGCUUCACCUGCAUCCAGCGCUGGUUGGUAGCUCAGGGUUCGUCCGGCAAAUGCCCACAGUGCAACAAGAAGGCGAAGCGUUCGGACAUCGUGCUGCUGUACGCUCCCAAGCUGAGAGCGCUCGACAACUCUGAGCAGGAGACCUUAAAGAAGUCUCUGGAACAGGAACAGUCUCUGCGGAGGAAGGCUGAACUGGAAUCAGCAGAGUACAAACUGAAGCUGCAGGUCGUCACCAAUAAAUACGGACAAGCACAACAAGAGCUGCAGGAGCUGAGGUCUCUGAUGGCCCAGGCCGGCCGGAGCUCGCUCUCCUCCCCGGGCCCCGGCCUCCUCGGCCCGUUCCCGCGGGCCGACGGCUCCAGGGCGUCCCAGUACGGCUUCUCCAAGGCGGUGCUGGUGUCCCAGACCGGAGGCUCCCGGGUCCUGUCCUACUGCGGCGCUCUGGGCUGCCUGCUGGCCUCGCAGCCGUCGCCUCACGCCACGCUGGUACCCGGUUGCGGCGUGAAGAAGGUGAGCGUGGCCAACAUGAAGACGAGUCAGUACGUCCCUAUCCACGCCAAACAGAUCCGAGGUCUGUGCUUCAACCAGCAGAACGACAGCCUGCUGCUGUCGGCCGCCCUGGACAACACCAUCAAGCUGACCAGUCUGCUGACCAACACGGUGGUCCAGACCUACAACGCCGGUAGGCCCGUGUGGAGCUGCUGCUGGUGUCUGGACAACAGCAACUACGUCUACGCGGGUCUAAGCAACGGCUCCGUGUUGGUGUACGACACCCGAGACACCAGCACGCACGUGCAGGAGCUGCAGCCACUACGCUCGAAGUGUCCCGUGGCGUCGCUGUGCUACGUCCCGCGGGCGGCGUCCAGCUCGUUCCCCUGCGGCGGGCUGAUCGCCGGCUCCCUGGAGGCCGCCUGCUUCUGGGAGCAGGUCAACGAGGCCACGUACCGGCCGCAUGCGCUGCCGCUGGAGUCCACCGGCUGCACCGACAUCCAGGUGGAGACGGAGAGCCGCCACUGCCUGGUCACCUACAGGCCGGGGCGCUCCCACCCGAGACUGCGCUGCGUCCUGAUGGCGCUGACCCGGACCCCCCAGCAGGACUCCGCCCAGCUCCCCAGCUGCUCAUACUCUCCCGUGCAGACGUUCGGCGCCGGCUCGUCCUGCAAGGUGCUCACCAAGAACGCCGUGUUCAAGAGUCCUCAAGGGGGCGGGACCCUGGUCGCCGCCGGGGACGAGGCAUCCAACUCCACUAUGGUGUGGGACGCGGGCAGCGGCUCUCUGCUCCAGAAGCUCCCGGCCGACCUGCCGGUGUUGGGCAUCAGUCCGUUCUCUGUGAACGGCGAGCACUUCCUGGCCUCGCUGACGGAGAAGAUGCUGAAGCUCUACAGGUGGGAGUGAAGGAGGACGGACGGACUGUCGCUCGCGUCGUUGCGUCCUCAUACCGGACUAUGGACACGCACACACACAUAGCAGAGGACACACAGUCGCAGCGGGAGAUAAAAACGUCCCCUUUUAUCCGGACCAUUACUGGGAAGAAACAAACAUUUCGUCUCGACCGGCGACCUUUGACCUGCACAGUAAGCCGGACGCGGCCUGGAUUGCGUUUGCACGGGUCAAAGAUCAAACUGUUCGGAUCUUCGUCUCACCCGCUGAUGAGACCCUGUUGGCGUGUUUGUGUUUUAACUCGACUGCAGAUCACUUCAUCUUUUAUGACAAUACUUUAGAUUUAUCCUAAAGAUUGACCUGCAUUCAUUUCUGUGAAGUGUGAAAAUCAUGGGUCACAGUCGAGCCGCGCGUCAUCUUCUCGAUUGGAACAAAGCGUGAGAAUGUGGCUAAACGUUUUUCAUCACAUCCUCUUUUUUUAUGGAAGGUCGUCACGUAUUUUUUACCUUCUAGUCUAAACAAAUGAAAAUAGUGAGUUUGAUCACAAGAGACGCUGAAACGUCUGCAGAUAUUCUAACAAAAAUAGUCACUGGUUUGCUUCUAUUGUGCGUCUGCAUUUAAACAAUACACAUUACUGGACAUCGCUAACGAUGAAAUGUCAGAUUAGUCUCCUGGUGCGAUAGAUUUUCAAACUAUGAGAAAUGAAAUUGCUGCUCUUGAAAGUAGAUAAAAACAAAACUAAUCCCUCGAGCUAUUAGUUAUGCUGAAACUCACCCAGAAGAAAAUGUGAAUGUUUUUACGCCUUUUUGGACUCUUCAGUGGCUGAAAUCAGAAUUCCAACAAUAAACAAAGAAAUUGUCUCGCUUUGCGCAAAAGUUUUUCAACCUGUUUCACUGACGGUAAAACAUGUGAAGCAACUCUGAAGCUUUUAUCAAAGAAACCUUUUUUUCUUUUCCCACCUUUUUUGCUUUCAGGGUUUCUGUAGUGAUAAAUGAUGAGACAUUGUUUAUUCCUUUAUUUCUUUUUUUAUUAAAUGCAAAGACCAUUUUUCAACAAGUCUGUGAUGUCCCGGCGUUCCACUUCGACAGAGACUGAAUGAAAGAAUUUCUAAAUGCUGGCCGUUUGCGGCUGAUUGAAACAGCUGAAGGUCAAAGGUCAAUGAGGUAAAACAUUUAAGUCAUCUGGAUUCUUUUUGAUUUAAAUUCAAAUGAAAGUUGGUAAACAUUGUGUGGUAAACAUUUGUCACAUCCGCGCCAGAUUCCUCUCACGGUUCGUUGAAAGACUUUUUAAACUGAACCGAACAUUAAGUGCCAAAGGACUGCGGUUUGUUCUACAUUUUCACUUUCCUCAAGUUCUAAAUGAAGUUGUGUGUGUAUAUAUGUAUAUUUGCUACGGAUUCUUUGUGUACAACUUCAAAGUUAAUAAAGGUUAUUUGUUAUUUUUAAUGAAAGUAUUCGGAGUCAAGUGUUUGGUGUUAAAGUUUCUUUUUUUAGAAAAGAUGAGGAAUCGAGGACAUUGGAAGAAAUGUUUGAAGGUUUGAUGUCAUUAUGGACAAUGUUUUUGGGAAAUAAAAGUUUUUUUUCUUCAA